CUACCCAACCGUCACUGCUACCACAGCAGCUGAGGGUUCAGUGGCAUUUCGUGUUCGUAAUUGCAAAUUAAGCGACAAGAGCAAAGCAAGCUGAGGUUGUGAUCGAAGAAAUUUCUGUGCCCGCCAUUUGGACUUACAAUCGUCAUUGCUUUUGUUAUAAAGUGACUGGGUGACUUAAAGGAUUUCAUCUCUCACACUUCAGAUUUUAAAAAGUGACUUUUGGAUCCUUUAACAGAAUUUUUUUAAGUGUUAGAAGUCAUAAAGAUGAAGUGGAGACUGUUUUGGUGUGUGACGUUAUUAACGGCUGCUCUCCUUUUGGAUUCACUGUCGUGGGCAGAAGAUGUUCCUCAACCUGCACCAUCAACGCCGAGCUGCCGUCGCCACAUAACUCCACAGACAGAGCUGUCACAACCAGCAAUGCCACGACAACGAAAGACAGCACAGAUGCUGUCAAGGAUGAGGAUGGCGAUGAGGAUGAAGAUGAUUAUGACGAUGAGGACGAUAAAGACUUGUCUCCAUCCCUCGCCGAUUAUAUUAUGAAUCUGAUGCGAGGAAAAUCAGAUAACUCUUCUAAAGCACAGAACAACUCUUCUGACAAUGCAACUGUCGGGACACACAACAAUGGAGGGAACGAUAGCCAGACGAUUUCUACUCAGCAGCAUUCUCAGGUCUGCUCAGUGCCGGUGGACCUCGAGAACUAUGAGUGUGGAGACGACCCCUGGCUCCUCCGCUACUUCCGGAGCGGCAUGACCGCAGAGGGCAUCGCUGACAUGCUCUUCGACAUGUCCAUCGUCCGCGAACUGCAGCAGAAGUGUCCGCCAGGCCAGUGGUGUCUCGGCGACCAGCUGGCCGCUCUUGCCUUCCGAGCCGACUCCUUCUACAGGGGUGCCUUUGUGUGGGACGAGUUCUGGGACUGUUCUCUGGAAGUCAUCAAGAAGAGGCUAAUGUGCGAUGAUCGACACCUUAGGUUCCUGCUGGACGCCGCCACGCUGCUGGUGGAGUUGAUUGAGUGGCAGUCACUUCCUUCCUACCAGCGCCAGAGGGCGCGACCUUGCUUCGCACAGACUCUGGCCGCCCUGCACGUGACGUACGCCGCCUUCCUGGACAACCGCACGUCGGUACGAGACUCUUCAACAUGUUCUGGAUACAGCUUUGAGAUGACGAACACCUACUUGUGCACCUUCAACGCCUGUAACGCAACCUUCCUGGAGGCAGUUGAUGCCCUGCUGGCAAUCAAAGAGUUUGGAUGGUGGGAGGAGACAGCCGACCGUGUCGAGGAGGUGAAGGCGGGGUGCCCAGGGACGGGAGCGGACUGUGGGCCUGUCAACACUCUCAUCAUGCUGCUAGCGGACGAAGCUUUCAACCCCGAGUCCUGGGACGACGACGACGACGACGACUUCUACGAUGAUGAAGACUAUUAUGAUGACGACGAGUACGAUUACUUCGACUACGAUGACUACUACGAUGACGAGGACUACUACGAUGAAGACUAUGAAGACGACGACGACAACGACGAUGAUGACGACGAUGAAAAAAACGACCGUGGCAAGGUCGAGGGUGACUCUACCAAACCCACCUUUAAUGAAAACCUGGAUGAGAGAUAUAAGACUAACCAUUUUCCAGCAGAAAGUUUUAUCACUUCGGAGGAGUCAGAGGACAUGCAAAGCAGCUCCGACGCCGAGGACAAGUCGUUGAUGACAGCGCUGGCCGUCGCCACCGGGGUGGGAGCGCUGUUCAUGGUGGCCGCUCUCCUCGUCUUCUGGCAGCGUAGGCGUCGCGCGCGGUCUUUCUUCUACUACAGAGACAACUAUGGCAAGAUGUACAAGGACGACGCACACUUGCUGAGCAACUCUGACGAAUGACUAGCAUGGGAAAAGGCGGCCAAAGGUCAUAUACGCCUUUGGUUGAAUCCUGCUGACUGCUCUCUGUUUCCUGACGACGACCACAUCUGCAACAUUGAUGUCUCCGCUAUUGCGAAAGUUCAAUAGACUAUCGUUCCUCUGUCAGGCUGGGAGCUCACACGACCCACCCUCACUCCGACCCUGUGUCACGUGGGUUGCUAAGCUAUGUACACGUCGUGGCCUUCAAAGUGAUUGGUUUUAGUUACUCAUGUAUUUAUGUUAAUGACAGAGGUGGUACUUCUUGCAGUAUUUGUAGAAGCAGUUCAGUUUUCUUUUACUUACAAAACCAGACGACAACUGCUCCUGUCGUGGCAAAAAAAAGUGUAGCACUAAACAGAGACAUUAUUAUUGUAAAUAUUUAACUUGGAAUAUAAAACAUACUUGUUUAGUAAAGUACAAACAUACAUGUACAGAUUUGACCGAUGGUGUGCACGGACAAACGCACACACAGUUUUACUACUUAUUACCUACACUAAAAGUCAUUUACUUUUACAUCGCCCUUAGUAUCGUGCCACUGCGCAUGUCUGUGAUAUAGGUCACAAGACACUAGCGCCAGGCUGUACAAUCCACCUUUUACAAAACUUGCAUCGAAGUUAAGCUAAAUUACAUUCGCAAUACUUCUUGCUGCUCUCGACUGCGAUCGUGUGUAAACGUAGGCGUUGGUGGCGACAUCUGCACGUGUUGUCCGUCCCAGCUGCGCUCGAGAAAAAUGACUGGAAGUUUGAACUCAAGGUGUCAACUAUCCACAGGUCAAGGCCACACGCCGACACACAUGAUGGCCUCUCGAUGCUGGUUUUUAAAAGCAACAUCUUGAAGGAAACCAAGACCCGUCUGAUCGCUGCCAUGCAUGUGACCCCGUGGUUGCUAUGCAGCCUCCUUCAGCCUGCUUGUCCCCCCUGGUCACGGAGUGAUGUCACAGUGACCCCCACCUUUAUUAUGUGUUUUGCUUCUUGUUUUCUUGGGGUUUUUGUUUAAUGUUUGACAGAUUUGUGGCUCACCAUUUUAAACGAUUGAUUAGCUAUCAAGGUCCAGUUAAUUUACUGAUGGAAAUUUGUACAUUUCCUGCCAAAGCUUGGCCACUUGUAUUAAAUGAAGAUUUGUAAAUAAUCUUUAUGCGGGUUGUUAUAGGAUGGUUAGAAGUUUAUAUUUGUAUUUCUUAGGAUUGCUAGAUCCCUUCAGUUUCAUUACGUAGACAGGAGUACGUUUGCCCUGUUUUCUCUCUCUCUCUCUUUCACACACACACACACGCGUACAUACCGGGGAUCCUUCAAAAGAUCCUAUUUUAUCCUCCUUUCCUUUGUAGCUGCGACCUUUUGUUUUACCGUAUUUUAUUUGCAGAUAAGUAUGUCAUAGAAAUUUACUUUUCUUCUUUAAGUGUUCCAAUAUUUUGCAUGACAAAGAUUUUGUUGGCAAAGAAGCUGACCUUUGAAAAGGAUCCAGUAUGGAAUCAUUCUAAAUCUGUUUUCUUCCAUCAGAAAUCAUCGAUAUAACAGGACAAUCCUGAAGCUUACGUUUACUUGUUAAUGUUGUUACAUUAAUGUUGGGGAAAAUUUUUAGUUUCUUUUAAUUUACUUUUAACUAUUUAACAAAGAUCGAUUUACUUUUGCUUUUAAUUUUUAAUUAAAGUUGUAGGACUCUGUAGUGCUAUUUAACAUAAUGGAAACUGAAAGCUGAACUAAGAUAUGACAUAAGAAUGUUAGUCCACUGUAAAUAUCAGUUCUGACUAUUAUAAGGAUAUUUCCGAACCAAAAUAAACUGGUAAAAUAA